AUGGACGGCAGAACUUCCAUCAUCUCCAUCGCGACAGAUACUCCCAAAGACCGAAGCAAAGAAGGAACCGACAUCGAAACAGCCUUGGAGAUAUGCGGAACCGGGAGAUAUCAGUACGUGUUUCUGCUGGUGUGCGGCUUACUGUUCAUUUGCGUCGGCAUGCAAUACGCGGUGAAUGCGUACAUCCUGCCGUCGGCCGAGUGCGACUUCAACAUCGGUUCUGAGCAGAAGGGGUUCCUGAACGUCGCGUUUCUCGGAGGAUGCACGUUCAGCGCUCUUUUCUGGGGAAUCUUCGCAGGCGUUUACGGGCGAAAGAACAUUAUCCUGCUGACUCUCUUCACCGACAGUGUGCUAACGAUAAUCACGAGCUUCUUGCCGAGUUACAACCUAUUCCUCAUAUUCCGGGUGAUAUGCGGAUUCAUGAUAGGAGCGCCUGGUUCGCUGAUAUACACGUAUCACGGCGAGUUCUACGAGUACAAGAACCAAACAAAGAGCAUCUGCUUCCUGGGCUUCUUCUUUCUGAUCUCAUGGCUGAUAUUACCAGGUCUAGCGUGGACCUUCAUACCGCUGCCGAUAAACUACGAGUUCCACGGCAUUCACUACAACUCCUGGAGAAUGCUCCUCGGCUUCAUCGGAGUGCCGACUUUCAUCAUAGCUGUAACAGUCCUCGUCAAGUAUCCUGAAACUCCGAAGUUCCUGGUGUCGCAGGGCAGGACCGACGAGGCUCUGGCGAUCCUCCGGAAGAUCUACGCGGUCAACACCGGCCGUGACGAGAGCGAGUAUCCGAUAAAGCAAUUACUCUCCUGCGUCACGUUGGAAGUGAAGAAAGACGAGACGUCGUCGUCCUCGAUGCACAUUUUGACGAGCCUGCUGAAGAAUAUCUGGUGGCAACUGCGCACCAUUGUGUCACCGCCGCACUUGAAGUACGCCAUCAUCCUGUGGACGAUCUACGCCUCGAAUAUGUUCGGGUCCUACGGUUUCGGUCUUUGGAUGCCAGAACUGUUCAAUCGCUUCGAAAACUACCAACAGUCGCAUCCAAAUGCAUCAGUGUCCGUCUGCGAGUUGACUCGCAACAUGCAGCAGUCGUUGAAUGUCACCGUUGUGGAUGAGCCAUUCCUCUCGUUGGACGGAGUCGUCUCGGAGUGCAAACGGAAUAUAAACGAACGAGUCUUCAUCAACUCAUUGACUAUCAAUGCCGUUUCCUUACCGGCGAACAUUAUCUCCGGGUGCCUGACGAACCGAGUCAACCACAGAACGAUACCGACAAUCAGCAUGUUGCUGGCCGGCGCAGCCAGCUUCGGCGUCUACUUCGUGAAGUCCUCGCAACAAGUCCUCAUGAUGGCGUGCGUCUUCUCACUGAUGUUGACCAUGUCGAACUUCAUGAUGGCCGGUGUGGCGGUCAACAUCUUCCCUACACAUAUACGCGCCGCCACGGUAUCCAUAAUGAUAUGCUUAGGGAGGGCCAGCGGGAUAAUGAGCAACCUCAUGAUCGGCAUGCUGCUGGAUCUCAUCUGCGAGGUGCCGAUAUUCAUGUUGGCUAGUGUCAUCACUUGUAAGUACGGGAAUCCCAGUCGUCGGGUCUGGGACGAGACUGAUGGUGCAGUCGCGCACGUCUCUAAUCUUGUCACUUUCUGGGAAAUUUCUUCCUGGAGGAUCUAAAUUCUUAAAUACGCGACAAGAGCUUUCCGAGCGUGCAAUCUGACAUUUAAGUAAAAUUUGAAUCUCACAUGCAGAGACGUGAUGAUAAAUAAUCACUUUC